UAGAUUCCACUGAACGCGCUACUGUCAAACUGACAUUUCAACCUUGUUUUUUUUCACCAAUGUUUUCGUUUGGAAUUUAAGACGCACGUGUGGAACUGUUGGAUUAUUGGGGUAAAAUUUUACAAAAUAAUAAAUUCUGUUGUCAAUAAUGACAAUACAACUUAAUAAACGCGGCUUGAUGUCGCUAAUACGCACAGAAAAUGAACGUAUCAUGGAUAUGUUGCUAACUUACAACGUGCCGGAUUCAAUAGAAACCGUUGAAUAUGAUGACUACCUGCUGCCUAAUAACAAAUCUGCUGCCAAAGCCAAAAAUGCGUUGGAUGCUCGAAAGGUAACACCAAUCGAUGAGCUGCAGGACCGACUCAAUAUUAUUAAAAACAAAAUGAAAGCUAAGAAACGUCCAGCGUCUGAACGUUCACUGAAGAGACGUGAAGCUAAGAAGCUUAGAAAGAACAAGGAAGUUAAGAAAAUAUUGGUUUCCGCCGCGAAAUCAAUCAAAAAUGAACAGCAGAAACUGGCUAAUUCAGGUGAUGGUGAAAAAGAGGAUAAAAAGGAUAUUAAGAAAUUAAUACCCAAACCCGUCUUCAACGAGGAGGGUAAAAUUGUAUUCUCCAAAUUCGACUUCGCGUCACAUCCAGGUGCUAAAGUCAAAAAAUCACAUCAAAAUCCACGGGAGAUUUUAAAGAAAAUUAAGCAGACAGAUAAGAAAAUCAACGAGUUAAAAGAACAGGGUGAGGUUGAAAAGGCAGCUGAAAUUAAAACCGAGAUAGCGUGGAAGAAAGCAUUUGAUAAAAUUGAAGGUAAAAAGGUAAAAGAUGAUCCAAUGCUACUGUACAAGGCCAUCAAGAAGCGCAAGACUGAGAAGAAGAAAUCUAAAAAGGAGUGGGUGGAACGCAAACAGAAGGUUGAGUCAGGCAUUGAUCAACGGCAAAAGAAACGACAAGAAAACAUUAACAAACGUAUUAAUGAUAAGAAGACAAAGAAAUUGAAGACGCUGGCCAAAAAAGGGCGAGUAAUACCCGGUUUCUAAUUGUUUUAAAUUAAUAAAUAAACACUUAAAAAAUUUAAAA